CCGCGCCUCGUCUCCUAGUGUCUCCCGUGACCUACAGUUCACACUGACUUGCAAGAAAAGUAAUGAAGUAUCGACGUCCUAACAAGCCGACAGACUUGACUGAACGCACUAGAAUAGUGUACAUGUGGAUGGACGGGAUGACCUGCCGUUCCAUUGCAAGGAGAACAGCGAAUAUGUCAACAACUGUACGUAUGACGACACUCAUUGCGUUGUUGAUGGUGAGAAAGUGUGUCGGUAGUACUGUGGACAGUAAUGCCGGCCUCAGUCACCAAACAGACGUGCUGAUGACGGCUCCCAUGUACCACAGCAGUGUGGUAGUAGAUCGGUGGAUAGACCAGGUGGGCGAGGUGGUGAGCCAGGUGGUGGAACAGCACCUUGCUGGGUGUCACUUGGUGCUGGUCGAUACAACAACACAAAGCUUAAUGUUCUCAACGAUGAUCAGACAACUGGCAACAGAGGGAGACAGUGUAGUGGUAGUGGACUCGUGGCGGCUGUUUUCUCAACCCCAGUUGGCCCAAAACCAUGGAGCUAUGGAUCAGCUCCUGCAGGGAGUGUGGGGCGACGCCACGCUCACCUGCCGCGCCAUCAUCUUACUUCUUGAUAACAAUAUUAGAAACAAAGUUGUUUUUAGAUUUCUGGAGUGGUGUGAGCUAUGGCGACGGCCAGAGGCUCGUGUGGUAGUGGUGGGUGGAAACGAGGGCGUGGAGGACGUCCUCCUACAUCACAGUCUCCGCAACACCAUCCACACCCUUUACCUCACCUUCCACCACUUCACUUUUCACAGCGGCCAAGGACCAUCACCUAACAGGAGGCUCAAGAAAGGAAGCACCAUGAGAGAAGACAACAAACAACUGUUGGUUUAUAGACGGUGUCUGUACUGCAACAGAGGCGAGGCUCAAGUCCGACUACUUUACCGAGGUGACGUAACCCCUCGGCUCUGGCGAGGUAUCAAUUUUUUCCCGG